AUGGCGGAAUCUGUAGACAGAAACAAUUCUCCAAUUAGCAAGAAAUCGACAGUGGGGCGUUCGAGAAAAGGGUGUAUGAGAGGGAAAGGAGGGCCAGAAAAUGCGUUGUGUACAUACAGAGGAGUAAGACAAAGGACAUGGGGCAAAUGGGUUGCCGAAAUCAGAGAACCAAAUCGCGGGGCCAGAAUUUGGUUAGGCACUUUCAACACCUCCGUCGAAGCCGCCCGAGCCUACGACGACGCCGCACGCCGCCUCUACGGCUCCGGCGCGAAGCUCAACCUCUCCGAAACCGAAAAUUCCUCUAAUGAAAAUUUCAAUUCAGGGGAAAAAAUAAUUGAUGGCGGGAAUGAGAAUGGAAGUAGCGGGGAGUGUUCUGUACUUGAGGAAGCAUCGAUAUUUAAAGAUGGGAAUGGGAAGUAUUUGGUGUGGGAGACGCCGGCGCCGAGUUUGUUGGAUGAACAAUUGUCCACUGGUUUCAAUUGGAGUAGGACUAAUGAAGCAGAUACUAAUUUUAGUUUUGAGGAAAAGGAGUUCAAUGAUGAUUAUUUUAGUCCCAAGGAUUUUCUUUUCCAUAUCCGAGCAACACAAUGGGCUAUUAAUGAAAAACCACGAAAGCCGACCUACUGGUUCUUGUCCAUUCCUGAAGUGAAUGAGACGAACUUCCACCAAGCUAAGCAUGGAAGAGGUCGUCGCCCUAGUCGUGGUCAUGGCCGUGGUCGUGGAAGAAACUUUAAUCAUGGCAAUAAUAAUGCACCAAAGAACCCUCCUCACCACCAGCAGUGGAAAAGGAAGGAACAAAAGCAUGAAGCGGUGCAAGCACCAAAUCCAGAAAAUGCAUGCAAUAGAUAUGGAUGA